AUGUCCGACGCCGAAGUUUCUAUAUCCUCUGCCCCGGUCCAGGACAGAAAGACGUACUCGCUUAAAGUCCCUGGAGGCGGAGCUCUAAGCGUUGUUCCAGGAAAAUACAAGGACGAAGAAGUCCACAUCCGAUCCUGGGAACAUGCCAAAAACCAGCUGUGGGUGGCGGAAGCCAACGACGGCGGCUUUGGAUUCCGCAACGCAAGUUCGGGAAAGUUGCUGGGGGUGAACAAGAACGGGGAUAUCGCCGUUGACGCGGAUAAGCUGGAUUCCUGGGAACGGUUCAAGUUCCAGAGCGAGGGGUCAGGGUAUCUCUUUUGGGUUAUCUACAAGGGCACGCAGCAGUAUCUUUAUCGACCCGCCCAGCAGGCCGGUUUGGGAGAAGGAGAGCGCGCCCCGUACCUGCUGGCCGGGGAACAUUACCAUCAAGGCCGAUCAUACCAAUGGAUGGAAGUGGAGGCCGCAGUGGACGACUCUAUUGACGUCCACACUCCGAUGGAGAUGCUAAUCGUCCCCAUCCAUUUUCGCCAUCGAAUCUGUGUCAGCCCGUUCCGAUGUCUGAACCUCUUCGACGCGGAGUCAGUUGACAUUACUGUCUGGAUCGCCAACCUCUCCCCAGAGACGCUAAAUAACGGAAAAGAUAGGGCUACUGAGGGGUAUCUGGAUGUGGCUCCUAGGCUUGGCGCCUAUGCGGGCCACCUUUCGGCCCCCGUCAGCCACCGUUUUAUGUAA